AUGUCGAAUAAACGGCCUCUAUCACCUGAAUCAACUAAUGGUGUAAUUAUUGACAAUAAUAUGCGUUCAUUAAAACGCUUAAAGCUUCAUUCACUUGUACAAGAAUUACGUAAUGAAGAAGCCAAUUUAGUUAUAUUGAAAAAGUUACGUUCCUGUCAACAAUUAGUAGUACGAAUAAAUAAUACAUCAACCACAAAUGGAUUUCAUCCAACAGCAACACGUAUUCCAACAAGUAAACCUACAAUACCUAAUCCUUCGAUACCAAAUUCUUUGUCACGUUCAUCAAUUCAGCAACCAGAAACAUCAACUAUUCGUAAAGUAACAAAUCCAAUGAAUUCACCAUUGCCAACUAAAAUUCCCACGCCUGUUCUACCAGCAAAGCCUUCUUCAGCACCAUCAACAACAAUCUAUUCACUUGAAGAACGUAAAACUCAAGCUAAAAAAGCUUUACGUACACAACUUGAACGAGAUCUAUUAAAUAUUCCAUCACCAAAACCUUUAUUACAAGAUAUAUCAUUCGUACCGAAUCCAACUAGUCUAGAAUUUCAACCUUAUAUAGGUCUUGAAGAUGUUGCACAAUGUCUAUAUGAAUUACAAACCGAUCGUCACCGUUUACCACAACGUUUUACUGAUCGUGCGCAACUACAUGAACCUCAUAUUUGUGAUCAUUGUGGUACAGAUUUCACAAUACGUUGGUGGAAACAUUUAAAUAAUAAUCAACAAACGAAUAUUUUAUGUGAUCGUUGUAAAAAACAAGUUAUACGACGAACAUCAAAAUCUGAGCAUUCAACAUUAUUAAAAAACGUUUUUGUAUCAGCUAUGGAACAAGAAAAGGAAAUUGAAAAAACUUUUCAAAUACUUAUUAAACAACAACAAAAAAAUGCAUUUCGUUCCUCAUUGUCAUCGUCAACUUCAAAGCCACCCGUUUCAAAUAAUAAUCGUCCAAUACCAUCCCAAAUAUCAUCGGCAACAUCUAUUCCAUCAUAUAAUCAUACUCAACAACAAAAACAAAGGCCAUCUAUACCACAAUCACAAAAUUUUGCUACGAAAAUUUCUCAACAAUCUAUAUCACUAACAAAUGUAACACGAAAACCUAAUGUUACUAUUCCAUCACAAAUGAAUCUAACAAAUCAUAUGCGAUCAUUACCACAUCAUAAAAAACCAAUGCCUGCUCAUCAACAAGUCCAACAACAAUUUCGUUCAACACCUGUUUUACCACAACAAAUGAAAACGAAUCAACUAGUGAAAGCAUCUAAAACUGCUAUACGACAACAACAACAAGUGAUAUCAUCUCGUCCUAUGUAUCAUCAGGCAACAAGUGGUACAAAUGCAUCUUCAACUAUUCAUCCAUCAAUACCAACGAAUGGCAAUAAAAAAGUUUUAGUAUUCGUGGCUAAUGGUUCAGAAGAUACGGAAGCUGUUGCUACGACCGAUGUAUUACGACGAGGUGGCAUUGACAUAAAAUUAUGUAGUAUUGGAAAUAACGAUAAAAAACCAAUAACAUGUGCUAGUAAUAUACACAUAGUACCUGAUCUACAUAUAGACGAUGUUCAAAGACAACAAUUUGAUGCUAUUAUUGUACCUGGAGGUAGUAAAGGUACAGAAUAG